CAACAUUAUUUUCAUUGAUAUUGGGGACUACUAUGGCCAGAAAAGUAUUGAACGCGAAUGAGUUUCAGAAACUUUUACGGCACUGCUAAACGAUCUCUACGCUCCAAGAGACGAACAAGACAGUACGAGAGUGACGAUGACUUGGAUGAGGACGAAACUUGCAUGGAUGAUAUGCCGUUAAUGUAUAGUAAUGAAGUAAGUUUUAAAAUGGAUGAGAGCGAUUCUCUCGUCAACAAGCGACGCCGAGGUUUCAACCAGUCCAGAAUAGGGUACUACAUCAAUGAAGGAUUGGCAAGCACAUGUGGAAGGUGCUGGGAGAAAUUAUGCCACAGGAAUAAAGAGUACCACCCCAGAACUGUUCCUGUAGGCCUCCAAAGGUCAACAGAGGAAAAGUACCCAAAGAAUGUCAUUCGAAAUCAGAAGUACAGCAUCAUCUCAUUCAUACCAAAGGUGUUAUUUGAACAGUUCAAGUUCUUUCUAAACCUUUACUUCCUUGUGAUGGCAUUGUCCCAGUUUAUCCCCGAGAUCAGAAUUGGCUACCUCUAUACCUACUGGGGACCCCUGGGUUUUGUCAUUUUUGUGACGAUGUGUCGUGAGGCUCUCGAUGAUUUCAGAAGAUACAGACGUGACAAGGAGGCCAACUCGCAGAAAUUCCGUAAACUGACACGAGAUGGAAUGAUUCCCAUACCUAGCAGUAACAUUAAAGUGGGCGACCUUAUUGUGGUUGAUAAGAAUCAGCGGGUACCAGCGGACAUGGUGUUCUUACGAACGACGGAGAAGACAGGGGCCUGUUUCAUUAGAACUGACCAGCUGGACGGAGAGACGGACUGGAAACUAAAGCUAGCCGUACAGAGCACACAGAAACUGGUGUCCAGUGUGGACAUCCUGGACAUUAAAGCGGAGGUGUUUGCAGAGGCCCCCCAGAAAGACAUCCACAGUUUUGUUGGGACAUUCAAACAGUAUGAUGAGCCAGUAGAAGAUUCAUUAAGUGUUGAGAAUACUCUGUGGUCCAAUACUGUCGUGGCCUCUGGGUCUGCCCUUGGGGUGGUGAUAUACACAGGAGCAGAGACCCGGAGCGUGAUGAACACCUCUCAGCCUCCAUCUAAGGUUGGUUUGCUGGACCUAGAGGUAAACACUCUGACCAAGCUGCUGUUUUUUGCUGUGAUAGUAUUGUCGGUAGUUAUGCUGGCCCUCAAGGGAUUUGAUGGGCCUUGGUAUAGAUAUUUGUUUAGAUUUGUUCUACUCUUCUCGUACAUCAUUCCCAUCAGUUUACGAAUCAAUCUGGAUAUGGGCAAGGCAGCUUACUCAUUCAUGAUCCAGAGAGAUAAAGCUAUCCCAGAAACCAUUGCUCGGAGCACCACGAUACCAGAGGAAUUAGGUCGUGUUAGUUAUCUCAUGUCAGACAAAACUGGAACACUCACACAAAAUGAAAUGAUUUUCAAAAAAUUGCACCUUGGGACUGUGUCAUUUACACCGGAGACUAUGGAUGAGGUACAGUCCCACCUAAGAACAACAUUUGCUCAACAACAAAAGGAAGCCCAAUCCUCACAGCAGCCCUUCUUGGGCCCCUCCAUGACCCCAACUCGUAGCAGUGGUCCAGUACGGCGGACAGUCAUCACACGAGUAUUCGAGGCUGUCAGGGCGCUUGCCCUCUGUCAUAACGUCACUCCCGUGUACGAGGAGAGUGAGAACAGUGAAGUGGGAUACGAAACUGAGGCUGACCAACAGAGUCAGCAACAAGUGGUGUACCAAGCCUCCAGUCCUGACGAGGUUGCCUUGGUGACCUGGACAGAGAGUGUAGGCUUGACGUUACUGAAGAGAGAUCUGAGCUCCAUGCAUCUGAGGGCCCCUAAUGGCUCCGUCAUCACUUACCAUAUCCUCCACACAUUCCCCUUCACCUCCGAGACCAAGAGGAUGGGCAUCAUAGUUAAGGAGGAGAAAACUGGGGAGAUAUCUUUUUACAUGAAGGGAGCAGAUGUUGUCAUGCAGACAAUCGUGCAGUACAAUGAUUGGCUAGAAGAAGAGUGUGGAAAUAUGGCUAGAGAAGGACUCAGGACUCUGGUUGUUGCCAAGAAAAUAUUAACAGAAGAACAAUACCAAGAGUUUGAUACACGUUAUCAUCAAGCUAAGAUGAGCAUUCAGGACAGAAACAGGAAGGUGCAGGGAGUGAUAGAGAGUCUGGAGAGAGAUAUGGAAUUGUUAUGUCUGACUGGUGUGGAAGACAAACUUCAAGAUGGCGUCAGGCCAACUCUAGAAAUGCUGAAAAACGCUGGCAUCAAGGUGUGGAUGUUGACCGGAGACAAGCUGGAGACAGCUAUCUGUAUUGCUAAGAGUUCCAAGCUGGUGUCCAGAACUCAGGACAUUCACAUAUUUGGAGUGGUCAAUGGCCGCACAGAAGCUCACCUACAGCUAAAUGCACUGAGGAAGAAGCAGGACAAUGCUCUUGUAAUCACAGGAAAUUCACUGCAGGUGUGUCUGAAAUACUACGAGCAUGAGUUUGUAGAACUCGCCUGCCAGUGCCCGUCUGUGGUGGUGUGUCGAUGUUCCCCAACACAGAAAGCAGACAUUGUAAAACUCUUACAGACUCACACAGACAAACGCACGUGUUCCAUAGGGGAUGGUGGUAAUGAUGUUAGUAUGAUUCAAGCAGCAAACGUUGGUGUCGGAAUUGUCGGUAAAGAGGGGAAGCAGGCAUCUUUAGCUGCCGAUUUCUCCAUCACUCAGUUCAGCCACAUCGGACGACUUCUCAUGGUGCAUGGCCGAAACAGCUAUAAACGGUCAGCGUCACUGAGCCAGUUUGUCAUGCAUCGAGGUCUCAUCAUCUCCACCAUGCAGGCUGUCUUCUGCUCCGUCUUUUAUUUUGCCUCUAUUGCAUUAUUCCCCGGUUUCCUCAUGAUUGGCUAUGCUACAGUCUACACAAUGUACCCAGUGUUUUCUUUGGUGCUGGAUAAGGACGUUUCCGCGGAGACGGCCAUGACCUAUCCUGAACUGUAUAAAGAACUGGUCAAGGGGAGAUCGCUGUCCUUUAAAACAUUUUUCUUAUGGGUUCUUAUAAGUAUUUAUCAAGGUGGGAUUAUAAUUUAUGGUGCUCUGUGGCUGUUCGAUGAAGACUUUGUUCACGUAGUGUCUAUAACAUUCACUGCUCUCAUUCUCACUGAGCUGCUGAUGGUUGCCUUGACGAUACGAACGUGGCACUGGGCAAUGGUUGUAGCUGAAAUCUUCAGUUUAGCCAUUUAUAUUGUGUCUCUUGUUGUACUGCAUAAUUACUUUGAUGGGACGUUUUUGAGGACAUGGGAUUUCAUUUGGAAGGUAGUCGCUAUUACGUCAGUCAGCUGUAUACCCUUAUAUAUCCUAAAAUACCUACGGAAGAAGUUCUCACCCCCAGUGUACUCCAAGCUGACAUGAUGUGGUGAGGAGAUUAGUUCCCAGACCAAACUAACAGGAUCGUUUGAAAUAUGUCGUGCACGUCGAGAUAAUUCUGGGGUGGACGGUCGAAACAACAAUGAAGUGAGAGCCGGGUGCAAUCUCAUGUAAAUUGAAUUCCAUUUUAUGUGGCUGUGUCUAGGAUAUGCUUUUUGAUUAUUUUUCUGUAUUUAUUACUUGUGUAUACUCACAAUAUUUUCAAUGUGACCUCUUUACAUCUAGCUUUAGAAGUGCUAAAUGCGAUGAGAUUUCACUUGAUGCUGUAUCUUCUGUUUAAUCUACACAGUACAAUCAAUAUGACAUGCCUGUCAGAUUUUUACCGUUACUAUCAGUCUUUCUGUGCAGUUCAAACAUUUUACUGGCGAUUAUUUAUACGUGUGAUGAAUUUAUAUUGCUUUGAUCAGAAGUUUUUUCAAGUACAUAUAUGUAUAUAAUGUACAGAUCAGACAUUUUUGAUGAUUAAAGGUUUAGAAACCGAGUUUAGAAUAAAUGUAUGAGAUAUGUCUGUAUCUUGACUAUUUUUUAUUAAAACUCCAUCUCAAGGUGUGAUUUCCUAUCGGUAAAUAUCUUCUGUCGUUAGUUUUUCAGCAGAGGCUGUUACCUAGGCUAAUUAUUUUAUUAUCAAUUUUUGCUCAUGUUGAAAGUGCAGAAUUUUCUUUAUUGUUUGUGUAAUACUUGUAUGAUUGCACCGUACUUUCAUUUUCAGUUUGUGAAAUGUCAGUCAGUCAUAUGCAAAUAUCAAGUUUUUUAGCUCACCUGAGCUUUUCUGAUCGCUUUUUGUCUGUCGUCUGUCUGUCCAUCUGUCUGUUAAACAUUUACAUUUUCAACUUCUUCUCCAAAACCACUGGGCCAAUUUUAACCAAUGUUGGCACAAAUCAUCCUUGGGUGAAGGGGAUUCAAAAUUGUUCAAAUGAGGGCCAACCCCCUUAUCCAAGGGGAGAUAAUAGCAAAUCAGUAAAAAUACACUGAAAUUUUUUAAAAAUCUUCUUCUCCAGAACCAGUUCAUUCAAACUUAAUGCAAAUCAUCCUUAGUGGAAGGGAAUUCAAAAUUGUUCAAAUUAAGGGCCAGGUUCUCUUCAAAGGGGAGAUAAUCACAAAAGUGUAAAAAUAGGGUGGGGUCAUUUAAAAAUCUUCUCAUGAACCACUGUACCAGUAUAGUUGAAAUUUACGUGGAAGUUUGCUGACAUAAUGGAGAUUCAAGUUUGUUCAUAUCAUGGCCCCCAGGGGUCGGAUGGCGCCACAAUAGGGGAAACCAUAUUUUAUAUGUAUUUAUAUAGGAAAAAUCUUUUAAAAUCUUCUUCUCAAGAACCAUUGAGCCAGAAGAGUUCAAAUUUACAUGGAAGCUUUCUGACAUAAUGCAGAUUCAAGUUUGUUCAUAUCAUGGCCCCCGGGGGUAGGAUGGGGCCCCAAGGGGGAAUCAAAGUUUUACAUACAAAUAUAUAGGGGAAAGCUUUAAAAAUAUUCUUCUCAAGAACCACUGAGCCAGAAAAGCUGAGAUUUACAUGAAAGCUUCCUGACAUAAUGCAGAUUCAAGUUUGUUCAAAUCAUGGGCUCCGGGGGCUGGAUGGGGCCACAAUAGGGGAUCAAAGUUUUACGUACAAAUAUAUAGUUAAUAUCUUCCUCUCAAAAACCACUGAGUCAGAAAAGCUGAUACAGUAUUUACAAGAAAACUUUCUGACAUAGUGCAGAUUCAAGUUUGUUAAAAUCAUGGCCCCCAGGGGGUAGGAUGGGGCCACAAGUUGGGGGGGGGUGUCAAAGUUUUACAUACAAAUAUAGGAAAAACCUUUAAAAAUCUUCUUCUCAAGAACCAUUGGGCCAAAGAAGUUGACAUUUACAUGAAAGCUUUCUGACGUAGUGUAGAUUCAAGUUUGCAAAAAUCUUGGUCUCCAGUGGUAGUUGGGGCCAUAAUAGGGACUAAGGUUUUACAUGCAAAUAUAUAUAUGGAAAGUCUUCAGAUAUGGGCCAAGGUGACUCAGGUGAGCAAUGUGGCCCAUGGGCCUCUUGUAUGAUGUUAAUAUCAAAAUGGGUACAUUUACAAAUACGCAUUCCUUAUACAUGUACAUUAUGAAGGAAUUCAAAUAACCAAAAUUGUCAAGCAUUGUCUGUUACAGAGAAAGAUAAUUUACGAGCACAACACAUACUGCAAAGGACUUAAAUCUUUAAAUAUGAAUUAGUUUUAAUAUGAAUUAGUUCUACAGUAGAAUUAAGUAAAAGUGAGGAUUUUGUUUUCUCGCAAGAUAAAGUGAGGAUUAAUUACUCUCUUAUAAUAACGAAUCUCUGUUGUAUAUGAAUUAUCUAUAUAGAAUACAUGUACAUACAUGUACCUAUAAUACGUCAUUCUAUCCAUAGUAAAAUUACAAAAACAGGCUUCUAAUCACACACUGAACUACACGUUUACACUGGGAUUUCGUCACGUGGCGGAAUCAUCUGAGGAAUGCCGAACUACACAUUUACAGUGGAAACUCCUUGUGUGAUGAAAUCAUCCGAGGAUUGCUAAAUUACACAUUUACAGUCGGAACUCCUUGUGUGACGAAAUCAUCCGAGGAUUGCUGAAUUACACAUUUACAGUCGGAACUCCUUGCGUGGCGAAAUCAAUCCGAGUAUUACUGAACUACACAUUUGUAUACUGUAUAUACAGGCCCCAAGUGUUACCAUCUGUGUUAUGACACUGUAACGCAGGGCCAUACUGAUUUACGAUGUAUAUUUAUACAUGUGUAUAACAAAUUAUGCAGUUACAGAGACAGUUGUUUGGAUAUUUGGGAAAUCUGUAAUACUGGACCAUAACAAUAUUUAAUAUUCAUGUACAUAUUCAUGCGACAGAUAUGUACUUUUUACAAUGGUGUUUGGUUCACCUCUGAAAAAUAAACUACAGACAUGC